AUGUUCCUGAACACGGUGCUGGUGGUCCUGACGGACCUGUUGGCCCGGCUCCUUGGCAACAUCGUGUUCCGGAAGCACUUCCACCUACUGCUGUCUGCGGUGGUGAUGUUCGGCCCUGCACUGAGCCUCUGGGUCUCCCAGCACAGUGUCUUUGCCAAGAGGAGCCAUUUUCUCUACAGGGCGUUCCUGCGCUCGGGCUGGGGCUGGACCUGCAUCUUUGUGGGUUCUUUCGUCUUCCUCCUCUCCUUCUCCAUCCGUCGCUCCGUUGGCCUCUCCAUCCGUCACCUCUCCAGGCUCGGGGUGGCUGGAGGCCUUUGGAUCAUUUUCUGCAAACUCCUGAACCAUCUGGAGAAUGCCACAGGAAGCUGCUAUGAACCUUUACUCAGCGGCCCAGAGGUGACCAGCGGCCAGCCUCUGUUGGUGUUAAGAGAGGACGAGAGCAGGUUUGAGUGCCUCAAAGCUGGGCUGCUGUGGAGGGGAUAUGAGGUUUCAGAGGACGUCUUCCUCCUCUGUCUGUGCUGCCUGCUGCUGGCAGAGGAGACGUCCGUGUUCGGUCCUUAUUUGAGACUGGGAGGGAUCUCAGAUGCUCCUCUGAGGAUCCUCUUCCUCUUCUGUGUACUCUUGCUGGGGCUCUGGAUCUUUCUGCUUCUCUGUCUCUUAGCUUACUUUCCCCAGUUCCCCACCCAGCUGCUGGGGGGUGCUCUAGGCUGUCUGAGCUGGAGGGGACUGUAUCAGGGUUGGUAUCGCCAGGGGCCCAACUGGUUCUGUCCCGGGAGGCCUGGACAGGGGCUGCUCAACACCAAGACUGGGGGUACUGAGGCUGAGGAUGCACAACUGAGCCACAAUCACAGUGAAUAA